AUGAUUCUAAAUAAGAGUAUAUAUCGACUAAACGCGCCGAAAGAUAAGAUAGCUAAGUAUCUUGAUAGUGCAAUCGCUACGCUUACGCGGGAUAUUCUUUUAAUACCUGCAACUAGCGCUAGUGUUGAGCGACUCUUUAAUACUACUCGGGAUAUUUACUACUAUCGUAGAGGGAGAUUAAACUCGUCUACUAUCCAAGAGCUUAUAAUAUAUCUCUACGCUACAAAGUUUGAUAUAGAUAAUAAGCAGAGCCCGGAUCAACUUAACGUCGACCCUAUUAGUGAUAACGAAGAAGAGGCUUUUGUCGAUGUAGAGAACGAGGCAGAAAGGGAAGAUAAGGGUGUAUCUAAGGCUAACAACUAA